AUGUUGUUGAAGAUCAAAAGAGUUCCAACCGUCGUUUCGAAUUACCAGAAAGACGAGACGGCGGAAGAAGGCGGAGGAUGUUGUCGGAAUUGCCUGAGCAAGUGUUGCAUCAAUGGGGCAAGACUUCCCUUGUAUACAUGCAAAAAUGUGGAUAAAUCCGUCGGAGAGAAAACAGAAUCUCCGGUGACGUUUCUCGAAACACGUGUUCUUGGAGAGUGGGAAGAUCGUUUCCAAAGAGGUCUCUUUCGCUACGAUGUCACCGCCUGCGAAACCAAGGUCAUACAGGGGAAGUACGGUGUCAUAGCGCAGCUAAACGAAGGUCGUCAUCUGAAGAAGAGACCAACCGAGUUCCGUGUUGAUAAAGUUACUCAACCCUUUGAUGGAAACAAAUUCAAUUUCACCAAACUUGGCCAAGAAGAGCUGCUUUUCCAGUUCGAAGCUACCAAUGAAAAUGAUGAUGACAAUUCUCCAAGCGUUGUUGCAAUCAACGUGAGUCCGAUUGGUGUUGAAGAGGAAAGAAGAUUAUGA